UUUUAGAUGGGUACCUACCAUGAGCUGCUAGUUUUGUCUAUAUUUACUUCUAUAUUCGUACAACUAUCAGCAGCAUGGUUUUACGGUCGAGACCCUCCCGAUAGAUGGUCUGUAGGAGAGAUCUGGCCCCUUCCACAACAAGUAAAAUACGGGGACUUAAAUCGCACAAUCUGUCAAGAAAAAGUCGCUUUCGAACUAGGUGAUAAGAAGGACUGCGAUGUUUUGUUUAUGAACGCCGAGAACUACUUGAACAAAUGGAUGUUUCCGUUCCCAGUUCCGGCAAAACGGACCGUAGACGAAUUUUUGAUAACUGUAAAGGUUGCAGGGGACUGUCCAAAAUCUGUGCCGAAACAUGGUGAAAACGAAGAAUAUAAACUUGUUGUAACGGAGGACGGAGCCACGAUAUCCGCAGAAACGGUAUGGGGCGCCAUAAGAGGAAUCGACUCGCUCAGCCAACUAAUUUUCUACGACCAAGAAAAAGGAAAGUACAAUAUAAGAACGGUGGAAAUCUAUGACUUUCCGCGCUUCCCUCUUCGAGGUCUGAUGAUCGACACUUCGAGACAUUUUCUCUCGAUGAAAGUUAUAAAGAGACAGCUGGAAAUCAUGGCUAUGAACAAAAUGAACGUUUUGCACUGGCAUCUCGUAGAUAGCGAAUCAUUCCCUUAUGUUUCCAAAAAGUUCCCAAACCUUGCAAAAGUUGGUGCCUACUCACCAAAGCAUCAGUAUACACCAAAAGACGUGCAAGAAAUUAUUGACUUUGCUAGGAUCCGCGGAAUUCGCGUCAUACCAGAAUUUGAUCUACCAGGACACACGGGGUCAUGGCAGGGACAACCAGAACUGCUUACGGAAUGUUUUGAUUCGGCUGGAAAACCCACACAUCUACCUAAUCUUGUGGAUCCAAGCAAGAACUCUACUUUCGAGUUUCUGGAGGAAUUUCUAAAUGAGGUGGUAGAGACGUUUCCCGAUGAAUACAUGCACCUUGGAGGGGACGAGGUCGAGGACUUCAUUGUAGACUGCUGGGCGCGGAAUCCCAAAAUCAAAAAAUUCAUGGAGGAGAAAUCGUUUAACAACACUAGGCUUCUUGAGAACUAUUUCUUUGAAAGGCUUUAUGCAGUCUUAGCCAACUUGAAAGUCAAGAAAAGAAGAAUCUUUUGGCAGGAAGUCUUUGAUAACAACAUACCAGAAGAAAACUCCAUUAUCCACGUCUGGAAAGGAAGUACCCAUGAGGAGAUCUUGCAUAAGGUGAAGAAUGUCACAGCGAACGGCUUCGGCGCCAUUGUAUCUGCGUGCUGGUACCUCAACUAUAUAAAGUAUGGAGCUGACUGGAAGGAUUCGAUCCCGGAAUACUCCCCGUCAAACUCACGGUAUUACUACUGUGAUCCCACCAAUUUUGAAGGAACAGAUGAACAAAAAGCCCUCGUUUUGGGAGGCAUCGCAGCCAUAUGGGGUGAGAUGGUAGAUGAUACAAACAUUGAGAGCCGAUUAUGGCCGAGAGCAUCUGCAGUUGCAGAAAGACUAUGGUCACCCAAGGAAAACACCAAAACUGCGGAAGAAGCAUGGCCACGAAUGCAUGAACAACGAUGCCGCAUGGUAGCACGAGGAUUCCGCUUUCAGCCCACUAAUAAUCCCGAUUUUUGUCCAUACGAGUUCGAUGCCUAAGUCUGUGUUCAAUGCCCAAAUUUAAAGCACACGCCUUGCCUUUGGAGCAGUAUAAAUUAUUAAUAAGC